GUUAAAACGAAGACUAGAAAGUGUGAUCUUAAUAAGUGACAUAUGAUCAUGAGUUUGAAUCCUAACUCUGAAUUUAUUCGAUGCUUGUUAUGGGGUCUCAGCACGGUUCUCCUGGACAGUCCUAACUCCUAUAUUUUUCGGUUAUAAAUAAUAAUAAUAAUAAUAAUAAUAAUAAAUAAAUAAAUAAUAGCUGGUCAUGCACUCUAAUAAGUGAUUCCUAUUACCUUUGUAUUAUUUACUCCACUUUUAGUUGAACGCAACGAAACCCUACGGCGCGUGUUGAGAAUCGUAGUCGUGAAAAUCAAACCAAAAUCAUAUAAAGCCCGCGAAUCUGCAUCGGUAUAUCUUGGGCCUCAAGCUAUAGUCGGAAUGGGUACACCAUUGGUAGCAGGACUUGCAGUUGCUGCUGCUGCUCUUGCUGGUAGAUAUGGAAUUCAGGCUUGGCAAGCAUUCAAGGCAAGACCACCUACAUUACGCAAGUUUUAUGAAGGUGGUUUCCAGCCCACAAUGACAAGGAGGGAAGCAGCUCUUAUUCUUGGAAUCAGGGAAAGCACUCCAGCAGAUAAGGUCAAGGAAGCACAUAGGAAGGUGAUGGUUGCAAAUCACCCUGAUGCAGGUGGCAGCCAUUACCUUGCCUCAAAAAUUAAUGAAGCAAAGGAUAUGAUGCUUGGAAAGACCAGAGGAAGUGAGUCAGCCUUUUGAUGACCCUAAUUUGUCCCGUCUCUGCAUUGUCCUUCCACCAAAUUUCUAAGGAAGAUUAGUUUUAAGAGUGAGAAACUCCUGUAGUUGAACGUCUUCACCCUUUUCAGAUGACCAUGGUGUCCUAGUAUUCAUACCAAAUCUUUUUGAGUAAUAAAACAGAAAGUGAGGGGUUUUUGUUCAGUCAAUUCUUUCAGACCCAAUAGUUGUACAUUAUUUGGAAAGGUCAGUGCCCUUUAUUGAGUGUGAGAAACACCUGCGGGCUGACUUUUCACGAGUGUAACACAAUCAAAUAUUGAUUGCCAUUAUGAAGCUUAGCAUGGUGCAGUUUGCUUGUA